GCACCCACUGUCACCUUGCAGACAGUGUUGGUUUCUAGUAGCAACGCCUGCCAAACAGAAGAGAAGAAAGAUGGUCCUGAUCACAGAAGACAUGGUCCGACGUCGGGCAGAGCAUAACAACUGCGAGAUCCUUUCCUUAGAGGAGGUGUCUUUGCAUCAACAAGAUAUUGAGAAAAUAGAACACAUUGAUAAAUGGUGCAGGGACCUCAAAAUUCUGUAUCUUCAAAACAAUCUCAUUCCCAGAAUAGAAAAUGUAUAUAGACUGAAAAAGUUGGAGUAUCUAAACCUUGCUUUGAACAACGUUGAACUGAUUGAAAACCUGGAAGGAUGUGAGAGUCUCCAGAAGCUGGACUUGACAGUGAACUUUGUGGGCCGGUUGAGCAGUGUGGAGUCAUUGAAGCACAACCUCCAUCUCCGAGAGCUUUUCCUGGUGGGGAACCCCUGCACUGAGUUUGAGGGCUACAGGCAAUACGUUGUGGCUUCACUGCCCCAACUGAAGUAUCUGGAUGGGAAAGAGAUUGGCAGGUCGGAGAGGAUCCGGGCCGGACAAGGCCUAGAUGAGGUGAGGAGGCGGAUUCGGCAGCAGGAGCAGGAUUACCUGAGGAAGAGAGUGAGUGAGAAAGAGGAGGCCAAGAGAGAGGGAGGAGAGGCGCAACGGGGGCCGAGAAAGGAAAGCAGCUCCUCUGCUAAAGAGAAGAAGCCUGGCUUUGAUGGUCGCUGGUACACUGACAUCAACAACACCAUCCCUGUGCCUGAAGAAAACAAAGAGAUCCAAGGGAGAGAGGAGAAAGUGAAGACAAGCUGCCUUUCUUCAGAAGACCAGGAAAGGGAGUUUUGGGAGAAACCUUGUGCCUUUACUCCAGAGUCACGCCUGGAAGCUCACCGCCACCUUAACGAGAAGAAAAAGGCUAAAGAAAGGGAGACUGUGAAGACGCCCAAGGCCCCGAGGACACUGAUCACGCCCCAUGGACGGGUGAUGAAUGUCAAUGAACCCAAGCUGGAUUUCAAUCUCACAGAAGAUGGGGACAAUAACACCAUUGUCUUGGAUCUGGAAGUCUACAGACAUAUGGACACUUCCCUGAUGGAUGUUGAUGUUCAACCAACGUACGUCCGAGUGACUGUCAAAGGAAAGAUUUUUCAGCUGGUGCUGCCUGCAGAAGUGAGGCCUGACAGCUCGACAGCGAAGAGGUCCCAAAUCACCGGCCACUUGGUCCUCACAAUGCCAAAGGCUCAGGAUGAAAUCAAAAUGACAACCCCUCGUCCUCCCAAAGUCUCUCAAAGCAGCAACACACCUGAAGAGAAGACAAGGAAAGGUAACAGCCGGCAGAGGUUGGAGGUGGAUCCCAGUAAGCACUCAGGGGUCGACUUGGCCAACAUUGUCCCACGAGAGAACAGCGCUGGAGAGGGACCUCUGGAGAUGUCAAGGAAACGGUUGAUCACUGCGACAGAGCAGACCACCUUUUAUGAUAACUUUGUGGACAACCCAGAUGUUCCCCCUUUGAUAUGAGAGUGAAAUUAAAAAAUCGGUCUGACAAAUUUGUGAACGCACCAAGACAGAUAGAGAAGAUAAAUAUUUUGUGUCCAGCCUUUAAUGCAAUAGCUUUCACCUGUUCUGAAUGACUAUUUGCAGAUGCAUAUCAAGUGACAUAAAUAUCAUAGAUCUGCAUAUCAUCUGACAUAAAUGUAAAAAUAUAUUUAAUACAGUAAAUGCAAGAUAUGUCUAUCCAGCAGGUCUGUUUGAAUGGUGUGCAAGUCAGAGAUGCUCAUAGAUGUCAGUACAGUAUAUCAUUGUGUAUUGAGUUAUGAUGGUAGUACAAGAAACCCUCCUGAACGUGUGUUUAGUUGCUCUGUGGUCCAUUUUUGUUUGAACUGAGUUAUAUCCUUUCCUUUUUAUAUUGGUGAUGUUCCCCACAUACAAAAUAAUAGAUUUCUAUAGUAAAUUGUUGUGUGCUGUAGAAUACCAUACUACACACUGUAAUAUCCCUCGAUCAUGUGUAGUACUUACUAUAGAAUGUUGUAGAAUACUAUAGUAAAUACUACAGUAUUUAAUUUGCAUAUAUCAUGCCCAUUUCCGUCCCCCAUAUCGCAGUUUGUGCCACCCCUAAGUAAGAAACCUACAUACCAAGUAUAGACUAUAUACAGUGAGGGGAAAAAGUAUUUGGUCCCCUGCUGAUUUUUUACGUUUGCCCA